GGCCAUGGCAAGAUUACAGGGCCCAACGAAGUGACAGUCCUCAAAGAAGACGGCUCUAAUGACACUGUCAAAACCAAGAACAUUCUGAUUGCCACGGGCUCAGAGGUCACUCCCUUCCCAGGCAUCCCUGUCGAUGAGGAGCAGGUUGUAUCCUCUACUGGCGCACUCAAGCUCAAAAAUGUUCCGGAGAAGUUGAUCCUCAUUGGUGCUGGUGUCAUUGGCCUAGAGCUCGGAUCUGUGUGGUCUCGUCUGGGAGCACAAGUGACAGCUGUAGAGUUCCUAGGCUCCAUUGGUGGCUUGGGUAUUGACGCAGAGAUCUCAAAGAACUUCCAACGAAUCCUGACCAAACAGGGUCUCAAGUUCAAGUUGAGCACAAAGGUCCUGAGUGCCAGCAAGCAAGGCGACAAGGUCAUGGUUUCUGUUGAGGGAGUCAAGAAUGGAAAGAAAGAGGAGCUUGAAUGUGACACCCUCCUGGUCUGUGUGGGACGUCGGCCCUACACCACCAACCUUGGCCUGGAGGAGCUUGGGAUUGAGAAAGACGAGAAGGGCCGCAUUCCAGUCAACUCUCGCUUCCAGACUAUCAUCCCCAACAUCUUUGCCAUCGGGGAUUGCAUCCAUGGCCCCAUGCUGGCUCACAAGGCAGAAGAUGAGGGCAUUGUGUGUGUAGAGGGCAUUGCUGGCGGCCCUGUCCACAUCGACUACAACUGUGUACCAUCUGUUAUCUACACUCAUCCUGAGGUGGCUUGGGUUGGCAAGACAGAGGAGGACCUGAAGGCUGAGGGUGUGGAGUAUGCAGUUGGCAAGUUCCCAUUUGCAGCCAAUUCCCGUGCUAAGUGUAAUGAUGACACUGAUGGCCUGGUCAAGAUCUUGGCAGACAAGCAUACAGAUCGGUUGUUGGGCGCACACAUCAUUGGUCCAGGCGCAGGCGAGAUGAUCAAUGAGGCAGCAUUGGCCAUGGAGUAUGGUGCUAGUUGUGAGGACGUAGCACGUGUAUGCCAUGCCCACCCCACCUGCUCGGAGGCCUUCCGUGAAGCUAACCUGGCUGCAUACUUUGGAAAGCCCAUCAACUUCUAAUGAAUAGGCUGUUAUUUAUAAAAGAAACGAUAAAAAAAUAAUGAGAUAUAUGUAUUGUCUAUAUUUUUUCCGUGCUUUUAGUCUCGUUUAGGGAUGAGGAUCUUUGAUGCAUUUCACAAGCUGUUUAACCCAUUCUUUCUUUCUCUUCUCUUUCUUUUAGACACAGUUACACAAUCAUGAAAAAAAUCAAAAUCUUGGUUAGAGCUUUCUGUUAAACUGUUUUCGGAGUAAAAUUAAUUAUUUAUAUUGCAAUGAAGUUUGUUCACAUAUAAUAAAUUAUUUCUCUUUACAUGUCACUUUUUUCAUGCUAUUUUUUCUAACCCAAAGAUGUAAUGCAUCAUGUCUGUACAUAGUUGUGCAUAUGAAACUUGUCGUAUGUGGAAGAUGCAAUGUAAGUAUAUUAUACUUGGCGAGAAUUUCUCAAUUUGUAAGUAAAACACACUGUCUGU